CACAUGUGCAUAUAUUUGCUCAAGGACCCUUCUUCUUCUUCCUUUCGAAAUCGCGCGAUAAGAGUGAUCACACAGAGGGUACGGGACGACGACGUUUGACUUCUCGGCUCGGCCCUCUCCUGUUCAAGCAAUCAGUCAAUCUGGUUUGUAAUUUUUGGGGGAAAGUUUAUUAAUUUGGUGUAAGUGAUGGCGUCGAAGCGUAUCGUGAAGGAGCUGAAGGAUCUGCAGAAAGACCCUCCUACGUCUUGCAGUGCUGGACCUGUGGCUGAAGAUAUGUUCCACUGGCAAGCGACCAUUAUGGGACCCACUGAUAGCCCAUAUGCAGGAGGCGUGUUUCUAAUUACAAUUCACUUCCCUCCGGAUUAUCCUUUCAAGCCCCCAAAGGUUGCAUUUAAGACCAAGGUUUUCCAUCCAAAUAUCAAUAGCAAUGGAAGCAUUUGUCUCGAUAUUCUCAAAGAACAAUGGAGCCCAGCUCUUACCAUCUCCAAGGUACUGCUUUCUAUUUGCUCACUGCUGACUGACCCAAAUCCUGAUGAUCCCCUCGUUCCUGAGAUUGCCCACAUGUACAAGGUUGACAGGGCCAAGUAUGAGUCCACAGCCCGCAGCUGGACACAGAAGUAUGCGAUGGGAUGACAGUCAGAUACUUUCUUCAAGUAGAUUCACGUGGCAGAAACAACAUAUAAACAUUGUAGACCAUUUUGAUGGGUACCAAAAAUGGGAAGUGUGAUGAAUUUGGUUCUAUGUAGCACACGUUAUAUUCGGUUUGAGGUUGUUCUAACUAGUAUAUCUAUAUCAAUCUUACUCUGGAAAGAAUGUUUCUCUUCAGACUGCCAUAUCCGUGCUUAAUUUUGUGUUUCAA